AAUAUAUUAUAUUUUUGGUGUAAUUUCAAUUAUAUUUGCCGUAAUAAUAAUGUCAAUAAUUAUUCAAGAUUUUCGAUUUUCUGAUGGUUUUGGAAGUGUUGUAGAAAUUAACACUGGAUUGAUUGUGGGGAUAUCAUUCUCAAUUUUCUUAAUUUGGAUUGAAUUGAUUUUCUACUUCCGCUUAAUACCAUAUAUUGGUAUUUAUAUUUAUCAUGUCAUAAUUAUCUUCAAAAUCAUAUUUCCAUUCUUUUUGUUUAUGUUGAUUGUAAUAUUAGCAUUUGCGCACACAAUGUUUGUGUUACUCAGAAAUCCUGUGAAUAUUAGGACUAAAGAUUCUACAUAUAGUGGAGUUGCUACAAAUUCUUUAACAAAUGAGACACUUAAUAUUGAAUUUAAAUCCGAUUUUGAUCCAACUUCUAGUGAUAAUCCAUUCACAUCUUUUUCUAGUGCUAUAAUGGCUACAUAUUUUUGGAUUAGUGAUAAUUGGAUUCAAAGAGAUGAAUUGAUUUUUGGGCUGUUGACAUAUAUACUUUUAUUGCUAGUAUAUUCCUUGUAAUAGGUUUACAAAAUAUGUUGAUCGCUUUUAUGAGUGAUGAAUAUGAAGAUGUGAAAGAUAAAAGUAGGCUAAUUUUAUUAAAACAUAAAGCAAAUCACAUAGCAGAUUAUGAUGCAAUGUAUCAUAUUCAUUUUUGGAUCCCUGAUUCUAAACCAAAAUGUAUUUAUUAUAUUGGUCAAUCUGAAAAUUAUGAAGAUUGGCAUAUUGCAAGAAAGGAUGAUGAUAAGAGUGCUAUUUGUAAAGGUUUAAAAG